CAAGAGAGAGAAAGGGAGACUCUCUGGCUUUUAGCUGUGAUUUAGCUGUCUCUUUAGUCUUUAUGUAAUAUUUUCCCACACACGUUUCUCCAAAAUACCUAGGAAAGAAAUAAGUUAAACCCUCUCUUUCACCUUCUGUCUCUCUCGUCUUAGAUCUCAAGCUGAACAAUUUUUUUCUGCAAUCUCAAUUAGAAAAACCAGGAGCUUAAGAAAAGAAAAAAGUGGCAUUGUGUAAAUCAGAUGUCUCGUAUGAGAUGAAGAACAAAACCCACUUCAGUCUCCGUUCUUCUUUUCAUUUCUCACUUGUCAUUGCUGCCUUUCUCAGCACCCUAGUUUGCUGCUGCUCUGCUGAGCAGGUGCCCAUUGCUAGCCAUGGAGGGCUCACUGAUGCAGAAGCGCAGUACAUCAAACACCGCCAGCUACUCUACUACAGAGACGAGUUUGGUGACAGAGGGGAGAGGGUCUCUGUAGACCCUUCUCUUGUUUUUGAAAACUCAAGAAUUAAAAAUGCUUACAUCGCUUUGCAAGCUUGGAAACAAGCUAUUCUCUCUGAUCCUUACAAUUUUACUUUGGAUUGGGUUGGAUCUGAUGUCUGCAACUACACUGGAGUUUUCUGUGCUUUUGCUCCGUACAAUAAGACCAUCCGAACUGUCGCCGGUGUUGAUCUUAACCAUGCUGAUAUCGCCGGGUAUUUGCCGGAAGAGUUAGGGCUUCUUUCUGAUCUUGCAUUGUUUCACAUCAACUCUAAUAGGUUUUGCGGCAGUGUUCCUCACAAGUUCAAAAAACUGAAAUUGCUUUACGAGCUGGAUCUCAGCAACAACAGGUUCGCCGGAAAGUUCCCUGGUGUAGUUCUCAAGCUGCCGAAGCUCAAGUUCCUGGAUCUCAGAUUCAACGAAUUUGAAGGCACUGUGCCGAAGAAGCUUUUUGACAAAGAUUUGGAUGCUAUCUUUAUCAAUAACAAUCGUUUCCGGUUUGAAAUUCCGGACAAUUUUGGCAACUCUCCGGUUUCUGUAAUCGUCUUGGCGAACAACAAAUUCCAUGGCUGUGUGCCUUCCAGUAUUGGUAACAUGUCAAGACUCAAUGAAAUUAUCCUCUUGAAUAAUGGUUUGAGGUCUUGUUUGCCAUCGGAGAUUGGAGGGCUGAAGAACUUGACGGUUUUCGAUGUGAGCUAUAAUGAGCUUAGGGGUCCGUUGCCGGAGUCAAUUGGAGGAAUGGUGAGUCUUGAGCAACUCAAUGUGGCUCACAAUAUGCUUUCUGGGAGUAUUCCGGCGAGCAUUUGUCAGUUGCCGAAUUUGCAGAACUUCACCUUUUCUUAUAACUUUUUCACUGGGGAACCGCCGGUGUGCUUAAGUUUACAGUCGUUUGAUGAUAGGAGGAAUUGUUUGCCGUCAAGGCCGGUACAGAGGUCGGCAGCUCAAUGUAAGUCGUUCUUGUCGAAACGUGUGGAUUGUUCUUCGUUUAGAUGUACACCUUUCGUUCCUUCUUUGCCGCCACCGCCACCACCUUCACCGCCAAUGCCAGUGCCUUCUCCACCUGUUGUAGUUCCAUCACCUCCACCGCCUCCACCUCCGCCUCCUUCGCCCCCACCGCCAAUUUACUCCUCACCGCCUCCACCUCCUUCUCCUUCACCUCCACCUCCAGUUUACUCUCCCCCACCGCCACCUCCUUCACCACCUCCACCACCCCCACCAGUUUAUUCACCGCCACCACCACCUUAUUCAGCUUCUCCUCCGCCACCAUCGCCCUCACCACCAUAUUGUGUCCGCUCUUCACCACCGCCACCACCAAAUUCACCUCCACCUCCAUUAUUCUCACCACCACCACCGAAAUAUAGCUCACCACCUCCGCCACAACACUCACCUCCACCACCACAUUCACCGCCACCUCCAAUUUCUCCAUACUUAUCACCUCCCCCGCCACCACCUGGCCACUCACCGCCACCACCAUCUCCACCUCCUUGUAUAGAACCACCUCCACCUUCACCACCACCAUGUAUUGAAUAUUCACCACCUCCACCUCCUUCACCACCACCAUGUAUUGAAUCUUCACCACCUCCACCUUCACCCUUGCCAAAGCCGCCACAAUCGCCAUCUCCUCCACCGCCACCUGUAGUCUAUGCCUCUCCACCUCCACCAGUGCACUACAAUUCACCCCCACCACCAUCACCUGCACCGCCAGUUCCAUGUGAAAAUCCACCACCAUCUCCUUCACCGCCAGUUCCUACCCCAGUAUAUGAAGGGCCAUUGCCACCAGUGAAUGGAGUCUCAUAUGCUUCACCUCCGCCACCUCCCUUCUAUUGAUUCUUUUGAGAAUUUUCGUCCUCUAACCUUUCAUAAACUACACAAACAUAACUGCUUUAUUUUCCUCUUCGGGUUGGGCAAUUCUCGUCGCUCUGCGGAGGAAGAAAAAUAAAAGAGAUUAAAAAUGGUCUUCUGUGCAUAUAUUGGAAUUAAGUGAUCUCUUCGAGGUGAAAAAGAAGAGAAUAGAGAGGUAAGAGGAGAAAGUCUCUCCAUAUUUAUUUAAAUUGUUAUGAAUAUUUUGAUUUGUGAAAUAAAAAAUGGCAGAGAAAGAGUUUUAGAUUGCAGAGAAAGUGCACGUAUAGGGAUGAAUUGGUGACCAUUAUCAUCACAGCUUACAGAUUGCUUUGCUGGUGUUAGUGGUGGUUUUGGUUUACGAGUUUUUAUCCAUAUUAUCUCUUCUUCU